AUGGGCUCAAAGUACCCAAAGUCCCUUAGGAUAUUCCUGCCUUUCUGGGCCCUGAUAUUGGAAACUGCUUUCAUUCUGAUUUUCUACUUUUUCACAUCUUAUGAGAUACGCUCAAAGAAGUUGGAGCUUCUGGAAACAUAUUCAGCCUUCCAGGAUAUCAAUGUCAUGGCCGUGCUUGGCCUGGGCUUCCUCAAGGCCUCCUUGAGGAGAUACGCAUGGAGCAGUGUAGCCUUCAACCUCUUCACCCUGGCCCUUGGGGUACAGUGGGCCAUCAUCCUGGAUGGCUUCCUGUUCUCCUACUCUGGUGAGAAGAUUACCAUCAACAUUCAAAGGAUCAUACGGGGUACCAUGAGUGCUAUGUCUGUCCUCAUCUCAUCUGGGGCCACCCUGGGCAAAGUCAACUUGGUCCAGCUGAUAGUAAUGACUUUGUUAGAAGUAACAGUCUUCCAAGGAACCAAGUUCAGCUUGACCUUCCUCAAACAAAACGACCAUCAGAGCAUGAUGCAAAUCCACAUGUUUGCGGCCUACUUUGGCGUGGCCACGGCCUGGUGUCUCUCAGGACCGGGCCCAGAUGCGGCCAAGGAGAAGGAGCAGAGAGCCACAACUUCCACUCUGUUCACCACACUGGGUACCCUUUUCCUGUGGAUCUUCUGGCCAACCUUCAAUUCCGCCUUGCUAGACUACCCCAGUGAGAAGGAAACUGCUGUAUCUAACACUUAUUAUGCCCUUGCUGUCAGCGCAGUGGUCGCCAUGUCAUUUUCAGCUGCAAGUCACUCAGAAGGAAAAAUCAGUAUGAACCAUGUCUACAGGGCAAUGUUGGCUGGAGGGGUCGCUGUGGGGGUCGCCACCAACCUCAUCUACUCACCUUGGAUUGCCAUGGUGCUGGGGUUUCUUGCGGCCAUGAUCUCCAUCAUAGGAGCCAAGUGCUUGCCGGUAAUGGGUUAUAGGCUUGAGGGAUGCCUUAACCGGAUCAUUGGGCUUCAUGACACCUGUGAAGUUCACUCUACUUUCGGAUUGCCAGGGCUGCUGGGAGGGCUAACCUACAUUGUGUUGAUAGCUGAGCAAGCCAACUGGACCAAAGUCUCCACGGCUGGCUUUCAGAUCCUGCUUUCAGCCGGCUGUGUUGCCCUGACCAUGGCUACGGGUUUGGCAGGCGGUGUCCUGACAGGUUCAAUUUUACGUCUCAACCUAUGGAAGGCACCACAUGCAGCUAAAUACUUUGAUGACCAGGCUUUUUGGAAGUUUCCCCAUUUGGCGGUUGGAUUUUAA